AUGGAAUCUAUUCUAUCUGCACAUGAAAUCGGCGAAGGACUUCCCGUUUUGAUUAUUCAUGGAUGGCAGAUGGAGGGAAAAGCAGAGGAGCUGGAUUUUGAGCCGAUUUUCAACAAAACACCUGGACUUCGCCGGAUUUACGUGGACCUUCCGGGCAUGGGCACAACACCUGCGAAUAAUGUCAGGGAUCUGGACGAUAUAUACCUUCGCCUAGUGGAAUUCAUUGAUUCUCGACUUGGAAAGUCAAGAUUCUUACUUGUCGGCUCAUCAUGUGGCGGCUACCUCGCACGUGCGAUAGCUCAGAAAUAUAUUGAGCAAGUCGACGGUUUACUAUUACGCGUACCACUUAUUAAGCCAAAGGACAGCAUGCGCGAUCUCGACGCAUUCAAGCCUUUGGUUGCAAACGAGCAACUCAUGUCAAACCUAUCAGUCGAAGACAAGACACUUCUUGGAAACGUUCUGAUUCAAACGCCUGCUUACGUUGAUACGUUAAAGGCCAAAUAUGAGAAGGUACUCCUUCCAGCAGACAAAGUGGCAGACAAGAAGGUGUUGGAUCCGAUCCGAGCAGAUCCAAAUCGAUAUCAGUUAUCUUUUUCACUAGAUAAUGAAAAUGCCAAGUUCUUUGCACCUACGCUUGUUGUGUGUGGUCGGCAAGAUGAAAGCGUGGGCUAUCGAGACAGCCUUCGCUUGCUAGAACUCUAUCCAAGAUCAACCUAUGUUGUUCUAGAUCGUGGUACUCAUGGCCUUCCUAUCGAUGAGAAUAGCGUUUUUGAGGCUCUUGUUCGUGAUUGGAUAUUCCGGGUUGAUGAAUGGCGAGGUCGCACGGAAAAAUAA